AGAUCGAAAAUGUUAAUUGGAUAUCUUAAGUAAUUUCGAAGAUAAUAGUUUGUUCAAAAUUUGCUUUAUAUCGAGAGUAUAAGAAAGAACUCUCUGUCUAAAAAAAAUAAAAGAAAAGAACAGAAAAUAAAAAAAAAAAUAAAAAAAAAGGGGAAAAAAAUGAAAGGGAUAAAAGAAGCGGGAGCAAAACAUGUCAAGCGCAGCACGAUGCGCUUUACACGGUAGCGCCAGCUUCUGGUUCACUCGUUACUAACACUACUCUUUUGGCUCCUGUUUGACUGUUAAAAGAUAGAAGAAGUGGUGUGUGUUGUGUUGGAUAAACGCGUCGCGCUAUAACGUGGGUAUUUUAUAUAGUUAAGAACGUUGUCAGUCGAUUUAACGAAGCUUUCUUGAUAAUAUUGUUCGUUUGACGUCCAGCUCCCGCUGAUAUCCGGCGACACGGUCUUUCAUUUUAAAUAUAACGGUGUAUAAAUAAGUAUGAGCAAUAGCAGGAAUACGCGGAGCUCAACACGAACGUAUACAUUUUUCUGAUACGCACGUUUGUGGACUAUCGAUCAUCGCCCCGAUAUUUUUCUAUUUUCAUCGGAGAUCCAAGAUCAAGGGUGCAUCAUCAAAUGCUCUCAACAUUUAUGACUUUUUCUUUGACGUUUACCGUAUAUGUUCUUUGUGCGUGGGUAUGCAGUACCGAAACACCAAGAAACACUUGAAUCCAAAGUCUGUCAGGAAUUUGGAAUAUACCUUUGUUUUUGGAAGAACGUAUUUGGAUUAAAAGAGUUCUUUUAAACGAUGAAUACUUGUUGUGCACUGACCAAGGGCUGCUCAGUUUGCCACUUGACCCAGUUUUAUAAAAAGAAUAUACACAAUGCUGUUCUUCCCGAACUGGUUACAGCCGCAAGGCGUGCUGGACGAUGUUGAGAAUUGUUAUGGGAUCAGUACAGAUUCCUGUAUAAUGUUUGAGGAGUUCUGCAUAUUUGCCGCAGAACUGGCACUUCUGUGCGAAAGAGGAACAGUCGUUCCUAUGAGCACCUCUCAUUUUUUACACUGUGAUGGAAAGGAUACUAAUCACAAAAUUGGUUCAAAGAGAAUGGCAUAUGAGGUAUUUUUGGGUGGCUCUUGUAAUCCAACCACCUGGAGGUCAGAGAUAGCAAUACCGACACUUCAAAGACUUGGAAUUACUUACUAUAAUCCUCAAGUAUCACAAUGGGGUCCAGAGCUUAUAGCUCAGGAAUAUGAAGCAAAACAAACAGCACGUGUUCUGCUUUUUGUAAUUGAUAAUCAAACUCGUAAUAGUGCAGGAAUUAUAGAAGCAGCUCAAUUGGCAGCAACUAGGAGUGAAUCUCUGAUUCUUGUAAUUUAUCCGUACCGGCAAGAUCAGACUAUACUCGGAGAAAGUGUUUCAUCACAGGAAUACUAUGAUUUAAUGAAUGGAUUGCUUGUACUUCAAUAUUUUAUGGAAAGAAACAGGAUACCUAUAUUCGAAAGUGUGUCGAUUGCUCUAAAUUGUACAUCUAAGGUUUUGCGCGAACAAAUAAACGUACAGGACUUACAUGCUGAUGAUGGGGUGAGACCUAUGAGAAUCUCUCUAAGUCAAAAUGGGUCCGAUAUAAUAAUGUUAAGAGAGAUUUUUAAAUCUUUGGACAUUAAUGAUAGUGGUACAAUAAGUUUAAGAGAAGCUUGGGUAGCCUUACAGACAAACACAAAAUGUAAUGUGUCAGUUUCAGAUCUGCUCAAUGCUGUAAAUAAAUCAGAAACGUACAGAAGCGUGAUCGAUGGCUUUCCAGGGAAGGGGAGUGAUCCAGCAGAAUCGCGGAUAAACUUCGAACAGUUUUACACUUUAGCCAGCGAAGCUUCAUGGCGGAUGAAGAACAAUGGAGUUUCUUGUGAAAAUUGGACUAACUCCUUAAUACCAGAGUCUGAAAAGAGAGACCUGUAUGUUGGAGUGGUCACUAAAGAUCUGUAUUGGUUAGAAUCUUCUGCAGCUCCAUUAAUUGAGUCUAUGGGUUUGACUCUAUAUCGACCAAGCCUGAAUGAGUACAACGUAAGGGUAUUGCCACAUGAGUUACAAAGGAUGAAAAAUUCGCGGUUAAUCCUAUUAAUUGUACCGCAGCACUCUCGUGGCAUUGCCAUAAUGGCAUUAGCAGCUCACAUGAUUGGAAUACGUGCUAAGCUUGUCCUGUGCGUUCAAACUCUUCCUGAAGGUUGUAUUAUUUCUGGUGAAAAGUUAACCGAACAAGCCACGAAAGACUAUAAUCGGGGAAGGAUGUACCUGUCGGAUUAUGCAAAGCGCGAAGGUGUACCUGUUUUUCAGAAUAUCGCUGAUGCACUGCAACAUGCGAUACAGCUAGUUCAAAGUCCCUAUACAAUGUCUACAAUUACGGUGGAACCCCAUCCAGAAAUUACCGUUACGACGGCCAGAGAGAACGAGUCAUUGGGUAUUCUACUUAUACGAUUUGUGGCAAUAUAUUGGAAAUCUUUUAUAAUUGUACUAUGGCCACUGAUCCUUUUACCAUUAGUAUUUAUCGAAACUAAAGAGGUAUUGGCGAUGCGAUGUUUAUACGUGGUCGCCUUGAUGGCAAUGUUUUGGGUAACAGAAGUUCUACCAUUACCCAUCACAGGUCUCAUACCCGUGGUAUUUUAUCCUCUAAUGGGUAUUAUGAGCACUAAUGAAACUUGCCUUUGUUAUAUGAAUGAUACCACAAUGAUGUUCUUUGGUAGCUUGGUCAUCGCCGUUGUUAUUGAAAACUCUGGUCUACAUAUGCGUAUUGCUCUUUUGAUUAUCAAAAUGAUUGGUUGCAGUCAUAGAAGACUGACUUUAGGUCUAUUUUUCGUGACGAUGUUCAUUUCUAUGUGGAUUUCUAAUACCGCAUCUACCGCGAUGAUGAUACCGAUUGUGGAGACUGUACUUAUAGAACUUGAAGCACAAGGACUUGGUGAUAUGUUCAUUCAAGAAAACGAAACCAUUAAUAAUGAAUCAGAGACUUUAUCUGCUACAAAAAGACCAACACAUAGUACGAUGGUGUAUUAUUUGGUAGCAGCAUAUGCUUCAAGUCUCGGUGGUAUUGGUACAAUAGUAGGAAGUGGGACAAAUUUAACUUUGAAAGGAUUCUUCGAAACGCGUUUUCCAAAUAGUCCAAGUAUAAGUUUUGCUUCUUGGAUGCUUUAUUCGGUACCAACAAUGUUACUGAUGGGUAUUCUCACUUGGCUAUGGUUGCAAGUAAUGUAUAUGGGUUUAUUCAGGCCAAAAAGUAAAGAUGCUAGAGCGAUUGAUAUCGGCUCGCAAGGAGAACGCGUUGCUAGUGCAGUAAUAGACAAAAAAUACAAGGAACUUGGACCAAUUUCGUGGCACGAGUCUAUAGUUGGAAUUAUGUUUAUAAUUGUAGUAUUACUUUGGUUCUUUAGAAGUCCUGGAUUCGUUAAAGGUUGGCCAUCAUACAUCACGAAUUUGCCAGUCAAGGAUUCAACAGCAGCUUCGUGUUUGACAAUAUUGUUCUUCAUACUUCCAGCAAAACUUGACUUUCUGCAUGCCUUCGAUAAUGAUCCAAAUAAACGUCCUACGAAACCAUCGGCUGGUAUGAUAACAUGGCAAAUGAUACAUAAUAAAAUGCACUGGAGUUUGAUACUGGUGCUUGGUGGAGGUUUUGCUAUAUCAGCUGGUAGUAAAUCAUCUAAACUAUCAGAAAUCCUUGGAAAUGCAUUAAUAGGAUUGAAUUCUAUACAUCCAAUAGCAAUAUUAGCUAUUGUUUGUAUAUUCGCAGAAACUGUUACUGAACUCACUUCAAAUGUUGCUGUUGCAAAUAUUAUAUUACCAGUAUUAGCAGAAAUGUGUGUGGUGCUACAAAUACAUCCCUUAUAUCUUAUGCUUCCAGCAACUAUAUGUUGUUCAUUUUCAUUUCAUUUACCAGUAGGCACACCACCCAAUGCCAUUGCCAGUGCAGCAGGACAUAUAAAAACGAAAGAUUUUAUAAUUGCUGGGAUAGGUCCCACUAUUAUAACAAUAAUUAUAACUGUAGGAGCAUUUUGUACCUGGGGUACAUAUGUAUUUAAUUUAAAUGAGUUUCCAACAUGGGCCAUGCAGAAUAAAACAAUGUAGAUCUGA